AUGGUUAAAUUUAUUCCAUUCAAGUUCUUCCAUCUUCUCUUCCAUUCCAAUCCAUCACCGCGUCAGGGCGUCCGUGCUCCCGACUGGGCAACUGGACUGGAAGAGCGUGGUGAGACGAUAAUUUCGGAAUUCCGAGGCACUGGAUUCGCUGGGUCUGCAGUCCGGGUUGGAAGUCGUACAGAGUGA